AUGACCGAUACGGCCAAGUCCGAGAUGCAUGCUCAUUCUACGCACGAUGAAAGUGCUAUAGAUGAAAAAAAUGCUGGUUCUAUGCAGCCACAGGCAAUUGAGGCUACUUUUGAUGCAAUCGGUGGUGCUCCAUCUCCUUGGGGUCGUGGUCAUUUGCAGCUCUAUGGAGUAUGCAUGCUUAUCUACUUGUGCUCGACUAUGAACGGAUUCGAUGGAUCACUGAUGGGUUCGAUCAAUGUUCUACCCGAAUACCAGGCAUACUACAAUCUCGGCUCAAGUGGCUCGUCGACGACUGGAUUGGUCUUCUCGAUUUUCAACAUUGGACAAAUGGCUGGUGCUUUGUUCGUCUGGGUCAACGAUAUGUUCGGUCGCAAGAGAACUCUAGCUGUUACAGCCUUCGGUGUCUGCUGCUCGGCUGUGUUCACUGCCCUUGCUCCGACUUUGCCAGCAUUUAUUGCAGCUCGAUUCCUGCUCAGCUUCUGCUCGACUAUUUGCUGUGUUGCUGCACCCAUGUUGCUGGUUGAGAUUGCUCCUCCUCUUCAUCGCGCUACCGUGGCUGGUAUUUACAACACCCUUUACUACAUGGGCAGUAUUAUCGCCACCUUUACAAUGUAUGGUGCCAACAUUCACUUGACCGGCAAUCUCAAGUGGCGACUUCCUCUUUGGCUUCAAAUUCUGUGCCCGGGACUGGCAUGCCUGGGAAGCUUCUUGCUACCCGAGAGUCCUCGCUGGCAGAUCGCCCAGGGAAAAUACGACGAGGCCCGCCAAUUCAUCAUCAAAUAUCAUGCCAACGGAGAUGCCAACCAUCCCAUUGUUGCCAUUGAGAUGCAGGAGAUUGAAGAAUCUCUGGUUGAAGUCCGAUCCCGUUCGGCUUUCGCAUACUUUGACGUACGGAGCUUGUUCAAGUCUCGUGCCCGUCUCUAUAGGCUUAUGCUAGUUGUGGCCAUGGGUUGGUUUGGACAGUUCUCUGGCAAUAAUGUGGUCAGCUACUAUCUGCCGAUCAUGGUUAAGAAUGUUGGCAUCACAUCCACGAACAUGGUUCUGCUGUUGAACGCAAUCUAUGCAGUCACUGGCUGGGUUGCAGCGACUUGUGGAGCUCGUCUGCACGAUAUUAUUGGCCGACGUAAGAUGCUCAUGGGAUCUUGUCUGGGCAUGUCGGUUGCACUAGCCAUUGUUGCUGGCACAGCCGCUUCCUAUGAGCACUCCGGAAGUGUCCCGUCGAGCUCUGCCAGCAUUGCCUUCAUCUUUAUUUUCGGAGUCGUCUUUGCAGUGGCAUUUACGCCUAUGCAGCCAAUUUACCCAGCCGAGGUCCUGGCUAAUGAUAUGCGCGCCAAUGGUAUGAUGGUUUUCCAGAUAACAGCAGGCUGUGCCAGUUUUGUCAACACCUUUGCUGCUCCGAUUGCCAUGGAGAAAAUCAAAUAUUGGUUCUAUGUCUUCUUCGUCUUUUGGGACAUUUUUGAAUUUGCCUUCAUUUACUUGUUCUUCGUGGAGACCAAGGGCCGAACCCUUGAAGAAUUAGAUGCGGUCUUCGAAUCUCGUAACCCACGGAAAGCGAGCGCUCAGAAACUUGUCCCGCGCAACUGA